CGGGCCUCAAUUUGGUGGCGGGAAAGUUGUUCUCUUCUGAGAGCUUGUCUCUGGUCCUAUGCAGUAGGCCUUUCUGGGAGCCAGGAUGGAAAAGCAACUGGGGAAGCAAGCUGCUGCUGCGCCCGCGGACUCCGGAGAGGAGGGCGCACUGCCGCCGGACGCCGGCUCCCAGAAGCAUCCACAGGACCAAAUGACCCUGCUGCUCAGACUGAGAGAACAGACAAAACAACAACUCUUGGAAUAUAAAUCAAUGGUUGAUGCAAAUGAAGAAAAAACUCCAGAAGAAAUCAUUCCAGAAAAGCAAAUUGAAGCUAAAAUUGAAGACCUGGAAAAUGAAAUUGAAGAGGUGAAAAUGGCUUUUGAAAUGAAAAAGCUUGCAUUAGACAGGAUGCAACUUUCAACGGCCCUUAGAAAAAACCUGGAAGAAAGUAACAUUCAGAAUAGUGAGCUCAUGGAAAACAUGAAACACAUAUUAAAGCUAAAUAAAAUAAUAAUGACAUCACAGCAGGAAUCUUGGGAUUUGGAGGCAAAACUGCUUAAUGUUAAAAAGAAGAGAUUUGAAUUAAAACGAGCUUCAGAACAAAAGUUUUUAGAAGUACAGACUGAAAAGAACAAACAGAAAGAUGAUUUGGACAGUAUGGAAAAUUCAGACAAGAUAAAGACCUUAAAACAAAAGCUACAGAUGGAGAUACAAAUUACUACAGUUAUUCAACAUGUUUUCCAGAACCUCAUUUUGGGGAGUAAAGUCAACUGGGCAGAGGAUUCUGCUCUUAAGGAAACUGUUCUGCAGCUUGAGAAGAAUCUCACCAUGAUCUAAUAAAAAUUCUAUGUUGUCAUUA